AUGAUUCGAUCGAUGUGCAUAGUGAUCCUCUGCCUAUUCGCGUCUGGUUAUGCAGAGCCUUCAACUGGUGAUGGCCAUGUGUGGGUGGCUGGAAAUUUGUCUAUUCCUUUUCCAAGCAAUGCCGUUCAUGCUGGUUGGAUUCAGGGUGGCACCCAAAUCUAUGUAGGACGCAUAACUCAUACUAUACACGGUACACUUACCGCUCAAGUCGUUGCCGAAAAGGGAACAGCGUUCGCCGCUUACUACCUCUCAAAUAAUACCUGGGCAUGUGGUCACCACUUAACAUAUGAAAUAUUGGUAGACGAAGGGGAUUUCGAAUAUGCUUGGAUACGGAGCUAUGAUGGAUUCUAUGAGAAAGGCUCCGUAUCUGUGGGCACAUUGAACCACAAAGAUCAAGUUUUCAUUUGUCGUGCCUACCUUAAUGGAGAGUUAUUACUUGGGAACAAGUAUGGAUAUGACGAAUUUUGCUACGUUUUUUCACUCGCUGGUAUAGAAAGGGACGCCAGAUUUUACAAAUAUGAGAUUCUGAUGGCUCGUCCAAAGUGUCACGGCUAAUUGCACCGUCACCAAAUACUCUGCAGCAUAUUGAAAACUUUGCAGAUUAAAUGUUUUAUCGAUUUCUAAUAAACAGAUUUAUGUUGAACAGAGAAAAAA